AUGACAAUGGAAGAGCCAACCUAUGAUUCUAGCCGCCCGAUGCCGGUCAUCGAUCUCAUCUCUCAAUACGAAUUGAAGGUCCCUGGCAUCACCGGAAAGACCAUCGUCACCGUCCGCAUAUCCUAUGCUCCCAAUGGGUCAACUCCUCCCCACAGACAUGGUGGCUGUGCUGUGACGGGGUAUGUGGUGUCGGGCACAGUAUUGAACAAAAUGAAUGACGCGCCGAUGAAGGUGAUUGAAUCGGGCGGGGCCUGGUAUGAGGCUCCCGGCUGCCACCAUAGGAUCAGCGACAAUGCAAGCAAGACAGAGGAAGCUGUUAUACUGGCUACCAUGAUAGUUGACACCGAUGCUUUGGAGAAGGAUGGAAUGGCCGCGCUUAUGCAAAUUGACCCAGAAUAUCUCUGA